UAACAGCGUUAGCCUUGUCACAACAGUAGCCGGUGUAAACACAACUUGAAGAAGCCUUGUAGUACACUAAACAUAGGGAACUCCAUACUGCAGUGUAUAUAAUCUGUGAAGAGAAAGUGAGUAAGGGUUACAUCAGCUUAAACUCCCAUUCAGGAGGACAGUAAAGACACAGGCAUCCGGUGGUUCAAGUUAUUUGGCCCGACUCCAUCCAGGCCCCGUUUCAAUCCAGUUUUGUGUGCAUAACAUCAGUGCAAACCAAGGUGUACCUCUGGGUGCACCUUUGGGGCCAAAGAGGUUUCAGAUACUGUACAAGAUAAGGAACCUGCUUACUAGCAUCAGAACUUUGUCUCACUUUGUUAGGACUCUCUGCCAUGAAGCCUUACUGGUCAAACAUGAGCAGCUGUUUUUCACCCUGUAAUUCUGCAUGGACAAUUUCUCUUAAAAGGUCAAAGCUGAGGCCUCUGAGCUGCACCAAUAUCAGUCUAAAACAUGGUGCUAAUCUAUGCUGUGCCAAGGCCUCUCGGAUUUAUUCCACUUCCAGCAGGGAGACAUUUAAGGCAGAAGCUCCUAUUGGAGUUUACCAGAACAGCAAGGCUGCUUUUCAGAUGCAGUUACUGCGGAUGAGACUUGGGAACUCUUUCAAGCGCCUAUCUAGGCACAUCAAUGUGUACUUUAAGCAGAAGGAGGUGGCUGCAUCUGUUUUUUCUGGUCAGGCUAGCUUUGUGUCUGCAGUACAGGAGCCUAUCACUAGAGUGCAGAGACGAGAACAAUGUCAGAGAGCGCUAAGGGACAGGGCCUAUAUGGUGAGACAGCCUAGAGAGGAAACCCUCAUGAACCAGUCCGAGGAACCACCAUUGUUCUCUGCAUAUCCUAGCCUACAGCUGUUCCAUAUCAGCUCUUUAGCAACCAGGUUUGGGGAGUCCUAUAGCUAUGUAGCCAGUCACAUAAACUCUGUGUUUUCUAAGAAUCCAGUAAAGCAAGCCUGUGAGGUAUUGCCAGCAUCUGAACGUAUGAUGAGAACAAGAAAGAGAAAAGUUACCGAGCAUCAGAGCACCAUCAGCAAACAAAAUACCGUUUUAGAAACUGGCUCAACUCUUUUUAAUGCAGGCCAAGCAGCAGCUGAAGAAGUAAACAAUCCAGAUCUUUCAUGUUCCUGGGAAGAAGGGUACCUUCACUUUGCUCGUCACAUCAACCGAUACUUUGGGGCAAAAAUGGCAGAUGCUGUUGAGGAAUCGCAGCAUAGUCAAAGCACAUACUCUGCAAAACAUGAGCAAAGUUGUGCAGCAUCACAAGGCAGUUCUUCCUCAGAGAGCACACUGAACUCUUUACCCCUCAGACCUAAAUCGCUCUUCCACAUAAGCAGCCUCACCACACGCUUCGGGGAAAACUACGCCUAUAUGAGCACCCACAUCAAUCACUACUUCAAGGGCUCUGCAGCCACAGAAGAGGAAGUGGAGCGAGAUCCGUACAGAGGACAGCCUGAAUACAGCGUCACUCUGGAGAGAAAACCUCUGUCCUUUUUCCAGUGCCUUCUAAACCCCUCAGCCAUCCCCAGCACUGUGGGCAGCUACCUGGGAAUGGCUUCCAACAGUCCUACCAGUGCAAGCACUGCCCCAGAGUCCACAGUGGACAGAGUGGCAGUGGGAAGGAGACUGGCAGAGGAGAAGACUCGAGAUCUGCUGGGCAGGCUGAAGAAGGCCAAGCGCUCAUCUAUCAGUUCCUGUGUAGAGGAGCUGAACGCUCAUCUCAUUCUGCACCCAGCAUGCAAGGCUGUUGUGUGGCAGGAAAAAGUAUUGCUGCAAAUGCUGAAGUAUCGCCAGAUUUUUUGGAUGGAUAAGAAACUCCAAGGAGCCAUUAGAGAAACCCUGGCUCUGAUUGGCUAUGUGGAUCCACUUAAAGGUCGCGGGAUACGAGUGCUGUCCAUCGAUGGAGGCGGCACGAGAGGGAUAGUCCCACUGCAGGUGCUGAAACAGUUGGAGGCUGAGACGGGACAGCGGGUGCACCAGCUCUUCGAUUACAUUUGUGGAGUCAGCACAGGAGCUGUUUUGGCCUUCACUCUGGCUUUGGCUCGCAUCUCUCUAGAAGAAUGUGAAGAGAUGUACAGGCGUUUUGGGUCAGAUGUUUUUAGACAGAACCCACUGGUUGGCACUGUGAAAAUGGGCUGGACUCAUUCAUACUACAACACAGAGACCUGGGAGAUGAUUCUGAAAGAGAAGAUAGGGGACAGGCUCCUUAUUAGAACAGCCAGAGAUGAGCUGAGCCCUAAGGUGUCUGCGGUCAGUGCGGUGGUGAACUGGGGGACCAGUCCCAAACCCUUCAUCUUCAGAAACUACAAUCACUCUCCAGGCCGCCUCAGUCGGUACGCAGGGGGGUCUGGAUAUCAGCUUUGGCAGGCAGUGCGGGCUUCUUCUGCCGCUCCAGGAUACUUCCAAGAGUUCCCUCUACACAAUGAUAUACAUCAGGAUGGAGGCCUCAUUCUGAAUAAUCCCUGUGCCCUCGCUGUUCAUGAAAGCCGGCUGCUGUGGCCCAAUCAGCCCUUCCAGUGUGUCCUGUCUCUAGGAACCGGUCGAUAUGACAAUGCCAGAAGGGGGCCGGCCACCUCCACCAGCCUGAGAGCCAAAAUCAGCCACCUGAUCAGCAGUGCCACAGAUACUGAGGGUGUGCACACUCUCCUGGAUGAUCUUUUGGAGCCAAAUGUGUAUUUCCGCUUUAACCCAAUGCUAAGUGCUGAGGUGUCGCUGGAUGAGAGCAGGCCUGGUGCUCUACAGCAGCUUCAGGAGGACACCCAGCGCUACCUGGAGCGGAACCGACCUAAACUGGUCCAGUUGUGUAAGGUUCUGGGGGAAGAACGCACAGCACUGGGGAAAACCUGGAACUGGAUCAGUGAGAAAGGCUGGGAGCUGCAGCAGCGCUGGGGCUGAUUGAGCUUAAGACAUAAACUGUAAUCUUUCUUUUAUCAGAAAAUCAUCUGCUUUGUUUACUGCGAGACCUGCGGGUUAGGAAAAUACACACAUUUUGCACUUUGGUAGGAGUAUUUUGUAAAAUACAUUUUACAACAGUGUAAUAAGUAAUAGGGAUGGGCAAUAUGGGGCAAAAAUAUCAUAUCACAAUAUUUAAAGAUGUUUUCACAAUACAGGAUAUGUAUCCUAAUUAUUUAAAACUAUUUAAAAACAGCAAUCAAAAACAAUUAUUUUUAUUCAGUGUUUCACAUACUGUGCUGCACUAUAUCCACUCAAACAGGCUUAAUUAUGCCUGCUUUGUAAUAAAACAUGCAGCGGUUAGUGUUCUAUGUAUGGACGGUAUCCACGAUAUGCCCAAAAAAGCAUAUUGUUUAUCACAAUAACAAAAUGUAUCACAAUACCAAUAACAUAGAAAAACAUUGCCCACCUCUAAUGAGUAAUAUGAACAAACCUGUUAUCUUGUGCAAUGUGAAAAUCUGUGUACUCAUUGUACUCAAUUUAAUUAUGCAUGAUUUCUGCACGUGACAGGUACAUAUCACUGUUAUAUAUUGUAUAUAUAUUAUGUUAUAGAUAUCACAAACUAAUGUCUAUUUACUGUGUUAAAAAACUAUUCUUCUGCAAACGUUAACGCACAAUUACUAUAUUUAAUUAACUGAAAAAAUAGAAAGAACAAAGUAGUAAAUGUUGCUUGUGCAAAAGUUUGGACACCCUAUUAAUUAUUAGCAGCACCCCUUUUUCAGACAGCAAGGAGUCUUUCUACUCUCGUUUUUACAAAUUUCCACCCACUCUUAUGUGCAGAAUACAUGUAGUAGUAAAUGACCAUACAGUAAUUCUGAAUUCUGAAAUUCCCCUUUAAAGUCACUCAUUAGUUAGAAGUGUUAUCUACACACUUUUGGACAUACACAGUAGUUUUUCCAAAUUCAUACAUACUAUUUCUAAUAAUUGAUGCUAUUUGUGUAUGUGUUGGGAUUGUUGUCACAGUACGCUGAGAUCUGUGUGUGUGUGUGUGUGUGUGUGUGUAUGUGUGUAUGUGAGGCAGUCACACUGCCUCUGAGUGUGUACGUUCUGCUCACACUCAACCUCUGACUACAAUGUCUCUGAAGGAAUAACUCAAGGACUUUUCUGCAUCUUUGUGACUUUACAGUUUCUUAAACAAUAUCAAAUCAGAUGGAUACGGAAGCAUCAGCUCUGGUAAGAAAGGGGAAUUCAGAUCUGUUUGUUUGGUGUUACUGAUGGAUUCAAAGGUAUGGAAAUCAGAAGCAGAGAAGGUUUAUUAAAUGCACUGCACUGACGUUGAUGAGCUCUGAAGUGUCACCUUGUGCAAGUGUAAACAAAGUGAUGGCUGCCAUUGUCA